AGAAUAGAGUGUGAGAAUGAGUUUGAGAACCACUUGGGUUGCAAAAACAAGGCCCUAAGCCAAGAAUUAAUUUGCAAACAGCAAAAGCAGCUGGUAUUUCAUUCAGAAAUUCCGUUAAUUACAAUUGUUUUAAAUAAAUGCAAGUGCUUAAAAUUCAAAAAAAGCCACAUGGGAACGAUGACCAAGGACUACGACUAUCUGCUAAAGGUCCUGCUGGUGGGCGACAGUGAUGUGGGCAAACACGAGAUACUCUCCAACCUGGAGGACCCCUCAACGGAGAGUCCCUUUUGCAGCGGCAACGACUGCACAUCCUCUCACAUCCUCCAAACGGUAGCCUACAAGACGACCACCAUUUUGCUGGAGGGCAAGCGGGUGAAGCUUCAGCUGUGGGAUACCUCCGGUCAGGGACGUUUCUGCACAAUCAUACGCUCCUAUUCGCGGGGAGCCCAGGGCAUCAUAUUGGUCUAUGACAUCACCAACAAGUGGAGUUUCGAUGGCAUCGAUCGCUGGCUAAAGGAAGUCGAUGAGCAUGCUCCUGGCAUACCCAAGGUGCUGGUGGGGAAUCGCUUGCAUUUGGCCUUUAAGCGUCAGGUGGCGGCCAAACAGGCCGAGACCUAUGCCAGCCGCAACAACAUGUCCUGCUUCGAGAUAUCGCCGCUUUGCGACUUUAAUAUACGCGAAUCCUUUUGCGAAUUGGCGAGAAUGGCGCUGCAUCGCAACGGCAUGGAGCACAUUUGGCGCAGCAAUAAGGUGCUGUCCCUGCAGGAGCUGUGCUGCCGAACGAUUGUGCGACGAACCAGUGUAUAUGCCAUCGAUUCGCUGCCCCUGCCGCCAUCGGUGAAGUCAACGCUCAAGUCAUAUGCGCUGACCACAUCGCAGUGCUUCAACUCACUGACGCAGAGCUCCAGGAGCAAGAAUCGCUGCAAGACACCGACGAGCCACAGUCGGAAUAGUUGUGCGAUCGCGUGAUCGUUGCCACGUAGGCGGAAUCGAGCUGCCUACUUAAAUACUACUACUACGUCGUCGACGAUUAACUUUAAUUGAGAAAAACCCUAAUUAAUGUACUCUAGGCUAACACACACACACACAUACACACCUCACUCGCCACCCACUCUCACCCUUUUUGGUUAUAUAAUUUUUUUUUAUGUUUUUGUUUCAUCGACAUUGAUAUAUAUAUAUAAAUACAUAUAUUUAUUGCCCACUUCCCAGCAAAAAGCAGUACUUUUAACCAAUCUUAAAAACAUUAAAUUUUGUUCUCUUUUAACCCUUCCCCCCACCCCCAUCUAUUUUUCCCCCUUACCACCACAACUGUUGUUAAUAUUAUUAUGUUUGUAUAAUUCUAAUAUAUUUAAAGCGAUCAACACAAACAUCAAACACUAAAAAACUAAAAACAAACGAGAGAUAAACAAGAGAGAGAGAGAGAAGAAAAGAGAGAAAGAUAAUUUUUGAUACGGAUAAAAAAAGAAUUGAUAUAUUUUUUUUUGUUUGUUUACCAUCGGAUUAAAGUAUUCUUAGAGAUGUAAUUGUAACUGAAGGCGGAUUCAGGCGAAUUGAUAAAGAUAAUUCAUAAUGAACCAUA